AUGUCGCAACAGCAGGAUGAUAAUGUGAUGCGAAGGAAGCUUGUCAUCAUUGGAGAUGGUGCAUGUGGAAAAACCAGUUUGCUCAGCGUCUUUACCCUCGGGUACUUCCCAACUCAUUAUGUACCAACGGUAUUCGAAAACUACGUGACGGAUUGCCGUGUCGAUGGCCGCUCAGUUCAAUUGGCUCUGUGGGAUACGGCAGGGCAAGAAGAUUAUGAACGCUUGCGACCAUUAGCCUACUCAAAAGCCCAUGUCCUCCUGAUUGGGUUCUCUGUGGAUACUCCUGAUUCGUUGGAGAAUGUGAAACACAAGUGGAUCGACGAAGCAAACGAGCGAUGCCCCGGAGUACCGAUUCUUUUGGUUGGAUUGAAGAAAGACCUUCGUGAAGACCCAUUGGCGAUUGAAGAAAUGCGCAAGAAAUCACUCAAGUUCGUGACAACAAAAGAGGGCAGUGAUAUCGCAACGUCGAUUGGAGCCCGCAAAUAUCUUGAAUGCUCGUCUUUGACAGGCGAGGGUGUUGAUGAUGUAUUCGAAGCAGCUACCCGUGCUGCAUUGCUCACGUUCGACAAACGGAAAUCGUCUUGCUGUGUGGUUAUCUGA